AUGAGUUCCCGCAUUUCGUCUUUCUCAUACCUUUGGGUACUUGCAAUCUUUAUAUUAUUUCAUGGUUCUUUAUCUGAUGAAAACUCCGGUAAUGUUUCAUGCAUCGGAUACGAGAAAACUGCUCUUUUGGAGUUCAAGAACGACCUCAAGGAUGGUGGGAACCGGCUCUUUUCCUGGAACAGUAGCAAUGAAGAUUGCUGCAAAUGGUACGGAAUCACCUGCAACAAUCAAACUGGUCAUGUUACCGAGAUCCGCCUUCGUGGGCCUGAUGAUAUGGAUAGCUUUGAAGACCAAGAAGCAUCGAUACAGAGGUUUGGMGGGAAACUCAACCCUUCUUUACGUAAUUUGACUUCACUCGACUACUUAGAUUUGAGUUGCAAUGAUUUCGAAGGGAACCUGAUUCCUACCUUCAUUGGGUCCCUCCAAAACUUGACUUAUCUGAAUCUUUCUGAGUCAAGAUUUUCCGGAGAGAUACCGAGUCAACUCGAGAAUCUCUCUGCACUACGCGUACUCAGUGUCAGGAAUGUUUAUAGUGGUGAUCAGGAUGAGCAAACAGUGAAGAGUUUGCAGUGGUUAUCGGGUCUUUCUUCUUUGCGCCACCUUGACAUGAGUGGGGUUCAAAUUGGCAAAGUGUUCGAUUGGCGACAGGUGAUUCGAACCCUUCUCCCUUCUUCUCUUGUAGAACUGCAUUUCUCGUCUUGCGGACUUCCUCCUUUCACACCUAGUUUAACCAUGGUCAAUCUUAGCUCGCUUUCAGUUCUUGAUCUUUCAGAUAACAAUUUUAGUACAAACUCGAUACCUAGUUGGAUAUCUAGUUUACAGAGUCUAGUUUCCUUAAACCUUGCUAACUGCAAUUUCAAUGGUCCAAUUCCUGGUGCUCUUAUGAACAUGGCUUCCCUUAUUACCCUUGAUUUGUCAAAUAAUCAACUCACGGGUGUUCAAACUAUUCUUAGUUCGGUUCCUGGAAACAUCUGUAACUUGAGGGAAAUCAAUCUUUCUUGGAACAAAUUUCACGGUAAAAGUCUAUCGGAGGUCCUUACAAGUUUGUUUAAUUGCGAGUCAUCUAAACUCGAGUCUUUAAAGUUCGCAUCAAGUGGGCUUUCUGGUUAUUUACCACCACAACUCGGAAAUAUGACAAACUUGGUUCUUAUUGAUCUUAACAACAAUUCAAUUUCUGGGUCGAUCUCCGAUUCCCUAGGAAAUUUAUUAUCCUUGCAAACUCUAGAAAUUGGGUCUAAUUCAUUAUCAGGCCCGCUUCCUGACUCGAUAGGAAGAUUGUCAUCGUUGCUAUCAAUGUAUCUUCCUGACAAUUUUAUAUCCGGCCCACUCCCAGAUUCUUUAGGAAGAUUAUUGUCUUUGGAGCUGUUAGAUAUUUCGGAUAAUGAAAUCAAUGGAACUCUUCCCCAAAGUGUUGGCCAACUUACGAAGCUGAUGACCCUAAACAUUGGGAACAAUUUGUUAACAGGUGUUGUGACUGAAGAUCAUUUUGCUAAGCUCACCAGUUUAGCCACUUUACGAGCAGAUGGAAACAUGUUAAGACUCGAGAUAUUGGCUGAUAACUGGGAACCACCUUUCCAACUCCAAAGGUUGAGCUUGAAUUCUUGGAGUUUAGGUCCAAAGUUCCCUUCUUGGCUUCAAAACCAAACAAAUCUGUUCAUCUUGUAUCUAGCCAGCACAGGGAUUUCAGAUAACAUUCCAAGUUGGUUUUGGACUACGUUUUUGGAUUUGCAGUAUCUGAAUCUCUCUGAUAAUGAUUUCUCGUCAGUGUCUCUGAGCGAAUACUUUUGUUCUAAAGCAGAUGCAGAACAGAAACAGGUUAAAUAUGUGAAUCUGGGUAAUACUAGUCUUUCAGGUGUUCUUCCUGAUUGCUGGGCAACCUGGGGAUUCUUGAAUAUCUUGAACUUCCAGAACAAUAAUCUCACUGGUGAAAUUCCAAGAUCUUUGGCAAAUUUAUCCAUGUUAGAAUCAUUAAACAUGCGCAAUAACAAGCUGUCUGGAGAAUUACCUAUGAAUCUAAUGAAUUCACAGAGGUUACUGAUUAUUGACCUUUCUGAAAACGAAUUCAUUGGAGGCAUACCAAUACCGAUAGGUGGAGAAGCUACCAGAUUGAGGGUUCUCAGCCUUCAUUCAAACAAAUUGAAUGGCAAGAUCCCAAGUGAAAUCUGCAGAUUUGUGUCUAUCCAGAUUCUGAUCCUUGCUAAUAACAAUCUUUCAGGGGAAGUACCAAACUGUUUCCACAAUUUUAGUCUCAUGGCAGGAAAAAUGAACCCAGAUCAAAGCAUCAAGCUAGACGGAAUUGAAUUUAGGGGCAGUGCUUGGUUGGCGAUGACGGGGAGGGUGAAUGCAUAUAGCAGCAUUCUUGGUCUAGUGACAUUUUUGGACCUUGCAGGGAACAAUUUAUCCGGGGUUAUUCCAAGUGAGAUUACGAGGCUGGUGGAGUUGAGAUAUUUGAAUAUUUCCGGUAAUAGGUUAACAGGGAGGAUCCCUGAGAAGAUCGGUGACAUGAAGUUAAUAGAAUCUCUUGAUUUGUCAAUGAAUCAACUUGACGGGAUGGUUCCAUUGAGCAUGUCAAGCUUGAGUUAUUUGAAUUUGUUGAAUUUGUCGUACAACGAUUUGACAGGAAGGAUUCCAUCGAGCACUCAGCUUCAGAGCCUUCCAGAGUGGAGCUUUGUUGGCAACAAGCUGUGUGGAGCUCCGCUUACCGUAAUGUGCGAAAGGCGAGGUGGAAGGGCGGGUGACACCGGUGAAGCAGGUGGAAGUGGUGGACCAGAUUGGGGACUUAUUAUAAGCAUAGUGGUUGGAUUCGUGGUGGGGUUUUGGGUUGUAGUGGCUCCAUUGAUGGGUAGCAAGGCAUGGAGGUUUAAGCAUGAUCUCAUAGACGAUACCAACCGGCUCUCAUCUUGGAACARGGMAAACAUCAACUGUUGUAGAUGGGMUGGAAUCGUUUGCGAUAACUUCACUGGUCUCGUCCAAGAGAUUCAUCUUCGAGGACCCGAUCCAGAACUUGAAGAAGCAUCCACACAGAUGUUAGGAGGAAAAAUAAAUCCUUCGCUGCUAUCGUUGAAGCAACUUAGGUAUCUAGAUUUGAGCUGCAAUGACUUUGGAACUACAGAAAUUCCUAGUUUCAUCGGUUCUCUUCAGAACUUGAGAUAUUUGAAUCUCUCAAUGUCGCAAUUCUAUGGUCGAGUACCUCAACAACUCGGGAAUCUAUCCAGGUUGGCUGUUCUUGAUCUCAGAAACGGACCMUGGCUAAGUAACGUUCAGGUGAACAAUCUGCAUUGGCUGUCGAGUCUCCCUUUGUUGCAGCACCUAGAUAUGUCUGGCUAUGAUCUUAGCGGUGCAUCCGACUGGCUUCAAGUAAUCAACACCCUUCCGUCUUUGGUAGAAUUGCACUUGUCUUCAUGUAAUCUUUCUCAGAUCUCUAAUCAUUUAACCACAGUUAAGUUUACUUCACUAACCAUCCUCGAUCUUUCGUAUAACAUUUUCGACACUUUGAUGCCUGGGUGGAUUUUCAGUCUAACUAAACUAGUUUCCUUAGAUUUGACAAGAUGCCUUUUCCAUGGUCCAGUUCCUGGUAAUGUUGGUGGUUUUCAUAACAUGAUCGAUCUAAAAGUCGUUCACGUGUCUGAAAACGAUUUUAUGAAUUCCUCAUCCGUUUUGAGGGGGUUGUUGAGCGUAACCGGUCUUGUUUCCCUGGAUAUUAGUACCAGUAAUCUUUCAACUUCAAUUCUUGGUGGUCUUCAGAACAUGACUUCUCUUGUUAGUAUCGAUUUGUCACAAAAUCAAAUCACGGAGACCUUGCCAAACUCAUUUGGUACCCUUUGCAACUUGAGGUAUGUUGAUUUCCGAGCUAACUAUUUCACUGGAAGUGUAUCAGGGAUUCUAGAUAACUUAUGUGAAUGUAAUUCGCCAAAGAUGGAGUAUUUUGCGCUCAGUGCAAACCUCCUUUCUGGUCGUUUACCAGAUAGAUUAGGAAAUCUUCAAAAUCUAGCCACCCUUGAUCUUGCAUUCAAUUACAUUUCUGGUGUAAUUCCAUAUUCUAUAGGAAGAUUGUCAAACUUGAAACAAUUGGUGCUUAAUGUUAACUCCAUGUAUGGUCUGCUCCCAGAUUCAAUGGGGAACUUAACAUCAUUGGAUUGGUGUUUUAACUGA